GGUUUGAACCGGCCAAUGGGCGAGCUGCCGAUCGGGUGUCGGAAAAGGAGGCGGAAGCGGGGAGGAGUCGCAGCCGGGGCUGGACUGCAUCCGCCGCGGCGUCUCCAUGGCACGACCCUGGCCUCCGACUUCAACGACUUCAUAAGGAGGCGUUUCUGGGCGCAGCCGUGUCGCUCCUGGUUUCCAUCGUGUGGGAAGAACGGAGUAACGAGUCUCACGCAGAAAAAGGUCUUGAGGACACCUUGUGGCGCACCCAGUGUGACUGUGACGAAGCGAACCAUGAAGGACCGCUCUUCAACUCCCCCCUUACAUGUUCACGUGGAUGAGAACACCCCUGUCCACGUCCACAUUAAAAAACUCCCGAAACCAUCAGCGACCAACAGCCAGAAAUCUCAUAAGCGCGGAAUGAAAGGGGACACCGUGAAUGUACGGCGGAGUGUCCGGGUGAAAACCAAGGUACCUUGGAUGCCCCCUGGAAAAUCAUCCACCCGGCAUGUGGGAUGCAAGUGGGAGAAUCCACCCCAUUGCCUGGAGAUCACGCCACCGUCUUCAGAAAAGCUAGUCUCAGUGAUGCGGUUAAGUGACCUCUCUACAGAAGAUGAUGACUCGGGUCAUUGUAAAAUGAACCGUUAUGAUAAGAAGAUUGACAGUCUCAUGAAUGCGGUUGGUUGUCUCAAGUCUGAGGUCAAGAUGCAGAAGGGAGAGCGCCAGAUGGCCAAAAGGUUCCUGGAGGAACGCAAGGAGGAGCUGGAGGAGGUGGCCCAGGAGCUGGCCGAGACGGAACACGAGAACACGGUGCUGAGGCACAACAUCGAGCGCAUCAAGGAGGAGAAGGACUUCACCAUGCUUCAGAAGAAACACCUCCAGCAGGAGAAGGAGUGCCUCAUGUCCAAGCUGGUGGAGGCUGAAAUGGAUGGGGCUGCCGCUGCCAAACAAGUCAUGGCCCUGAAGGACACCAUCGGGAAACUGAAGACAGAGAAACAAAUGACCUGCUCGGACAUCAACACCCUGACGAGGCAGAAAGAACUUCUCCUCCAGAAGCUGAGCACAUUUGAGGAGACCAACCGCACCCUCCGAGACCUGUUGAGGGAACAGCACUGCAAAGAGGAUUCUGAAAAGCUGAUGGAGCAACAAGGAGCACUACUGAAACGGCUGGCGGAGGCAGACUCUGAAAAAGCGCGCCUGCUAUUACUGCUGCAAGACAAGGACAAGGAGGUGGAAGAGCUCCUCCAGGAAAUACAAUGUGAGAAGGCUCAAGCGAAGACAGCAUCUGAGCUUUCAAAGUCCAUGGAGUCCAUGCGUGGGCAUUUGCAGGCACAGCUUCGGUGCAAAGAGGCAGAGAACAGUCGCCUGUGCAUGCAGAUCAAGAACCUGGAGCGCAGUGGAAACCAGCACAAGGCGGAAGUGGAGGCCAUCAUGGAGCAGCUGAAGGAACUGAAGCAGAAGGGAGAACGGGACAAAGAGUCGUUGAAGAAGGCCAUCCGAGCCCAGAAGGAACGAGCGGAGAAGAGUGAGGAAUACGCGGAACAGCUGCACGUACAACUUGCCGACAAGGAUCUUUAUGUCGCUGAAGCUUUAUCUACUCUGGAAUCAUGGAGGAGCCGCUACAACCAAGUUGUGAAAGACAAGGGGGACCUUGAGCUGGAAAUCAUUGUCCUGAACGACCGGGUGACAGAUCUUGUAAACCAACAACAAACCUUGGAGGAGAAGAUGCGGGAAGACCGGGACAGCCUGGUGGAGAGACUACACCGGCAGACUGCCGAGUAUUCUGCAUUUAAACUGGAGAAUGAGAGGCUGAAGGCCAGCUUCGCCCCCAUGGAGGACAAACUCAACCAGGCACACAUCGAAGUUCAGCAGCUGAAGGCAUCGGUUAAGAACUAUGAGGGGAUGAUUGACAACUAUAAGAGUCAGGUGAUGAAGACCAGAUUGGAGGCUGAUGAAGUGGCUGCCCAGCUAGAGCGCUGUGACAAAGAGAACAAGAUCCUUAAAGAUGAGAUGAACAAAGAGAUUGAAGCGGCACGGAGGCAGUUCCAGUCCCAGCUGGCUGACCUGCAGCAGCUGCCUGACAUCCUCAAGAUCACGGAGGCUAAGCUGGCAGAGUGCCAAGACCAGCUGCAGGGCUACGAGAGGAAGAACAUCGACCUCACAGCCAUCAUAUCAGACCUGCGCAGCCGGAUCGAACAUCAGGGGGACAAGCUGGAGAUGGCGAGAGAGAAACAUCAGGCCUCCCAGAAGGAAAAUAAACAGCUGAGUCUGAAGGUGGAUGAACUGGAGAGGAAACUGGAGGCGACCAGUGCCCAGAAUAUCGAGUUCCUACAGGUGAUUGCCAAGAGGGAGGAGGCAAUCCACCAGUCCCAGCUGCGACUGGAGGAGAAAACACGGGAAUGUGGGUCCCUGGCAAGGCAGUUGGAGAGCGCCAUUGAAGAUGCCAGGCGGCAGGUGGAACAAACCAAGGAGCAUGCAGCCUCCAAGGAGCGAGCAGCCCAGAACAAAAUCCUGGACCUUGAGACCCAGCUGAGCAGGACCAAAACUGAACUCAGCCAGCUUCGGCGGAGCCGGGAUGAUGCUGACCGCCGCUACCAGAGCCGGCUGCAAGACCUGAAAGACCGCCUGGAGCAGUCGGAGAGCACCAAUCGCAGCAUGCAGAACUAUGUCCAGUUCCUCAAGUCAUCCUACGCCAAUGUGUUUGGGGACGGUGCCUACACUACCUACCUGACCAGCUCUCCCAUCCGCUCCCGAUCUCCUCCUGCCUAAGGCCACCACUCUUGGGCUAGGAGCUCAGAUGGAUGCCGUGGGAACUAGGGCGUGGCUAAGCCAUACCUGGAAAGCCUGUUGGUUUUCCUCUCUCUUCCAGUGAUGAAGUAUGUUCGGGAUCUUGUCUUAGCUACUAGCUCCAGAAAAGUGCCGAAGGUAGCGGGGAAUGAAGCAGGACAUACUUAAUUCUCUCCUCUCUGACAGAGUUGCCUGAUGGAAGUUUUUUAAUUACCCUGACAGGCCUUAAAUCUACUACCAUUAGGAUCAGAAUUUAACUCACCAUGACUUUGCUCAUUCCUCCCGAGAGAAUGUUCGUAUUGGACUUUCCCUCCAGUCCCCUUACAGCGCCCCUCCUUUGAGGACCCUCUCUUGGGUUUUCUCUGACCUGAAUGAGCAGGAGCUGUUAGCCAGAGACCGUCACCGCACCUCCUGAGCACAUUCACUUGCUGUUUUCCUUAUUUCACAGGUACGGUGUCUUCCCCAAGGUGCUCCCCUCCCAAGCCCAGUGGAAACCUCUCAUGGCCAAGUGUCCAUGAGGCCACUUGGGCUCACAGUAGACACUUGAGGGCUUAUGUCCACUUGCCCUCAUAAAAGUCGAUUCCCAAUCUCAUUUAUUUUUGUUUCUCUUUGCCAGGUUUCUAUCUAUGGAAUGCAUUUAUUCUUGGAAAAUGUGUGUUGUUUUACAAAAAGUUUUUAUAAUCUUAUUUAAGGCUCCAUUGGAUGACUUCUUUACCCACCACCACCCCUCUUCUAAGAAUGAUUCAGUAAAGUGCUGCAGGAGAGCCAGUAAACAUUUUUAAAGGACUUGGUGAAUGGAACAUAAGACUUUUCAUUUUAUUUUGGCCCAGUUGGCUCUUUCUCCCUUGUGUGCUUUCACUUAUAAUCCCAUGAAAGGCCUGGAGGAGACACUGUAAGGCACUGCUCAGUGUUUGAGGGCCAACUACUUUAGCUGUUAGGAGGAAGAUGGGAUGUGUAUGUAUUACUAUUUUUUAAACGUUAAUUGGUUUCUAAAUGAUAAGAUUAUGAGCUAUUUUUGUUCUCUUCACAUUUUCCUGUAUUUAAAAGAAAGAACAACAAAUUCUUCAGAGAGAAGAGAACAAAUUUGGUACUGUGCUGAACCCCAACCUUUUCAUUCUAGCUGGUAUUGGCCUUCCGGGUGGCCAUCCAAUCCAGUCUUCCCUCGGCCACUCUAACCCAAGUUCAGAACUCUAGAGAAUUCUCCUGAGUCCUCAAAAGCAGUGGGUCCCCACCCAGGCACCUGGAUUUCACUACCAGAACCGCCCUCCCCCUGCCCCAAUUGUGGAGACACUUGUAGUUUCCAGCUUUCAAUUUGGCCAGGGAAGGUCACUGAAAUAACAACUACUACCAGCUACCAUUGCCACAAAACCAAGCCUGUUUUCACACCCUUAACGUAAAUGAACUUGAACUUUCAUACAGUGUAUGAAAGAUCUUCCUAAGAAAGACAGUUGGCAAACUUACACCAAUGUGCAUACUUUGCUGUAUAACUCAUUACUCUUACUUCUGUCAAACUAACAAAUACCUCCUCAGUGCAGAGCACUGCUAUUUAUAAUGCUGGUAUAGGAAACACCUCUCCGGGUCCAUUGCUUGGAUUCUUCCAACAACAUUCUAUUUUUCUUUGUAAAAUAUUGUAUUACAAAAAGUCCAGAGAGUUUGUGAAAAAUGAAAAAUGUUUAUACUGAUUCAAACUACAGAGUUUUCCUUUGGCUUCAAACUGAGAUCUCAUGAAAUAGGCAAAAAAGGGUAGAAAGUUAAAGGGUCCUAGUUAAAGCUGAUCCCGGGCAAUGGUGAAUCUUCGAUUUAUUGAGGUAUAAUUCACAUACCAUAAAAUUCACCCUUUUAAACUGUGUAA